GGUCACGCGAGAGUUGCGUCUGCGUACAAACAUGUCGGCGUUCAAGAGAAAACGUGGAGGACAGGGCUCUGCUAAUAAAAAGGCUAAAAAAGCUAAAUUUGUCGCAGACGGAGGACAAACGCCAGAUGAAGCCGGACAGGAGAGUAGAAAUGAAGUCACAAUCCCACCACCGGUGUCCAAGGGCAAGUGGACCAACAAGGAAAGAGUUCUCAUUUUCUCCUCAAGAGGGAUCAACUUCAGGACGAGACACCUGAUGAAAGACCUGAAGACCAUGAUGCCUCAUUCAAAGGAAGAUACCAAAAUGGACAGAAAGGACAAGUUGUUUGUUGUUAAUGAGGUGUGUGAAAUCAAAAACUGCAACAAAUGCCUCUUCUUUGAGGCCAAGAAGAAGCAGGACCUCUAUAUGUGGAUUUCAAACAGCCCUCACGGACCUUCUGCAAAGUUUCUGGUUCAGAACAUUCAUACUCUGGCUGAACUCAAAAUGACAGGAAACUGCCUCAAAGGAUCCAGACCGCUGCUCUCAUUCGAUCCUAAAUUUGACAAGGAGCCUCACUAUGCUUUACUGAAAGAGCUCUUCAUCCAGACUUUCUCCACUCCACGCUAUCACCCUAAGAGUCAGCCUUUUGUGGACCACGUCUUCACAUUCAGCAUCGCAGACAACAGAAUAUGGUUUAGAAACUACCAGAUAAUUGAAGAGGAUGCCUCAAUAGUGGAGAUCGGGCCUCGCUUCGUUCUCAACCUCAUCAAGAUCUUCCAGGGGAGCUUUGGAGGGCCGACGCUUUAUGAAAACCCAGAUUUCCAGUCUCCCAACAUGCACCGGCGAGAGCUCCGACUGGCGGCAGCAGCCAAAGUACGCGAGAAGCAGAUGGUGAAGGAGCUGCACAAACUGAAGAGGGCAGAAGUGAAGGAGAAUGUGGACAACGACGUUACAGCUGACGUCUUCCUAACACCAGCAGAGGAGAAGCCUGUUCACAUCCAGACAGAAGCACCGGAGCCAAAAGUGGUGAAGAAAAAACAGAAAGCUUUCAAAAGACAAAGGAUGCAGAUGGGACGCAGGUAACUGGAUGGACCGGAUGAAGCUGCGUGCAUGCCUUACGGCUGCCAUGAUUCAAUAAUAUCUGAAAAAGAAAUGUGGGAAAACAACAUUGCAGUCAGGUCAAGAGUUUUCCUACCACAUACUUGGCUGUUGUAGAGAAAGUCUUUGUUAUGAACAUGUUGCGUUGAGUGUGUGUUGCCACAAUUUGUGGACUGAUGUUUUUCUUUUCCCUCAACAUGAGGAUUGUGCAGAUUGUAGCUGGACGUCAGUCAUGAAUGAUACAAUGCUGCAAACAAUAUAUGCCCAUCCUUUUAUAAAAAAGAAAAUAUUCCAUUAAAAAAAAAAACUUGUUUAUUGAGUUUCAGUGAGUACAAUUGUUUUCUAUGUCAUGGAAAUAAAACGAUUUCAACUUGC